GUCAGUAUGAAUUUGGAUCUUAUCGCGAUGUGUUGAUUAACUUGCAGAAUUCGUUGCAAACAAUAGUGUAGUUAACAAAGUGAACUUGUGACAAAAUGGCAGAGCCAAAUAAAUUUGGAGAUGUGGCUUCUCCGCAGCAAGAGGAGCAAAAAUUGAGCUAUCUGCAAAAAUUAUGGCGAUUUCGCCAUUAUCUAGUUGUUGAGCCGAUUUUAGUUUUAUAUCUGUCAGUAGCCUAUUGGAAUUCAAUUGCAAUGAGGAACUUUCCGUUGGAGAAAGCGUGUCGCGUGAAUCUACACUUUAACGUUCCAACCUGCAUCGCGAUACUCGACAAAGGCAACUACGGUAUUGACUGCGACCCCUUUGAGGCACUACUUCAAAAUGUAACUAUUCAAGGGCCAACGCCUGAGGAGUUACUUGUGGAUGUCGCUUCGCCGCUUUUCAAUUUCACCGUUUGCAAAGCGGAAACUCAGGCACAAAAACUUGACGCUGAUGUUAACGGAAUACGUUCACCAAUUGGUGCUAUAUUUCCGUUGAUUAUAUUGAUAUUUGCUGGCGGAUGGGCGGACAAAUUCAAUAAACGUAAACCAGGAAUGAUAAUUCCAAUUGUGGGUGAAGUUCUUCAGAAUAUUUGUCAGCUCAUAUCGGCGAUAUAUUUUGAUAGCAUUCCCUUUGAGUUUGGAAGCUAUGCAGAGGUUAUUGUUCCGUCACUUUUCGGCAAUACCACCUUAUUUGUGAUGUCAGCGUAUAGUUAUAUGACCAUAUCAACUCCAGAGGAAGAUCGAGUCUUUCGCUUUGGCAUCUUUUCUAUGGUUGUAACAGGAUUGUCAUUUGUAGGUCUCCUGAGUGGAUCGCUUUUGACAUUAAUAGGCUAUAGAAAUUGCUUUAUAUUAAGUUUGGUCUCUCAAAUUCUUGCCAUACUCUACAUUGUCUUCUUUAUAAAGGAGCCUAAGCCACUGACCAAGGCGAAAGUAGAGCCAACUGCGACAGCUCCUCAUACACAAAAUCAGGCAGUUGACAAUUUGGCCUAUGAGACAACUAACUUGGAUGAGGUGCCCGUGAAUAAAAGCUUUCAGUUGAAUCCACAAUUGGCGCCACCAAGAGUCGAACGUCCCCCCAGUGCCCAAAAGACGUAAUCUGUGCAAAGAACUCUUUGAUGCCACGCUACUGAAACAACUCAUCUAUUUCCCCUUUGCGAAACGAGAGAACAACGAUAGAUUU